UUAUUUAAAAACACUGCAUUUAAUAGUGCAUUUCGAAUAAUUUGACGCAAUCAAACGAUGGGUUCGAGUCACAGCAUACACGUACCCGGUGGGGGCACAGAAGGUUACCACGUACUCAAAGUGCAAGACAACUCGCCGGGCCAGAAGGCCGGACUGGAGGCCUUCUUUGACUUCAUUGUGGCAAUUGCCGGCACUCGGCUGGACCAGGACAACGACAUGCUCAAGGAGCUGCUGCGUCAGAACGUUGACAAGCCCGUCCGUCUCACCGUCUACUCCAGCAAAACACAAACUGUGCGGGAGCUGACCCUGACUCCAAGCACUAGCUGGGGUGGCCAGGGACUGCUGGGGGUUAGCAUUCGUUUCUGUUCGUUCGAAGGGGCCAACGAGAGCGUGUGGCACAUACUGGAGGUGCAUCCCAACUCUCCGGCGGAGCUGGCCGGACUCCGGGCCUACAGCGACUAUGUAAUUGGAGCGGAUGCCAUACGCCACGAGAACGACGACCUGUUCACGCUGAUCGACACGCACGAGCAGCAGCCGCUGAAAAUGUACGUCUACAAUCUGGACGACGAUGCUUGCCGCGAGGUGACGAUCAAGCCCAACACGGCCUGGGGAGGAGAGGGUGCUCUCGGCUGUGGCAUUGGCUUCGGCUAUCUGCAUCGCAUCCCGGUGCAGGCAGUCCCCGUCCCAGCCUCUUCGGCCUCGGUUGCUACUGCAGCUGAGGCCGCUCCAUUGCUGACGAGCGGAGGCGGACCGGCACCUGCCCCUGUGGCAGUUGCCGGCUCUGCUGUCGUCUCACCAACGUUGCCUUACAUACCGCCUCUGGCCAACACCUUUGCAUCGACAAAUGCCGAGAUAAGACCACCAACCAUUGAGCCGCCAGCCCAGAGCCUAUUCAAGACAUAUUUCAAUCCGGACGAAUCAACAGAUGCUCUCACCGCGGCGUUGGAAACUCAGGCAGCCAUUGGAGAGCCCCAGCUACCAGCCCCCUCAGGCAACAUACCGGCUCCAGCUCCUAUUCCUGCUGCACUAAUUGCUCAUCCUUCGCCUGCGACUGUGGCUGGACCUCUGGCUGGUGUUUUUGCUCCACCUCCGCCUGCUGCAGCUCCAGCCGUAGUUGAGGCUCAAGCGCAGUCUGUACCGCCACCAGCGAAUAUCUUCAUACCAGGCGUCUACGAUCCCAACACACAGCACAAUGCGAGCGUGGCCCUCGGUGGAAUACCGGCAGCCCAGCUGCCGUUCCCACAGGCCACUGCGGCGCCACCACAGCUGCCUCCUGCAGCCGUGCCAAUGUUCUCCACAUCACAACAGGCCUACAUGUCGGCUCCGGCGGCUCUCUCUUAUCCGGCUGCUCAGACGGUGCCGUCGUAUCCGCAGGUGCAGCCCUCCAUGGGCGGCCUGUUUCCCACGCAGCCAACGCCGCUGCCACCACAAAUGGCCCAUGUGUUCUCACCACCGCAGGCGCAGUCGCAGCCGCCCCCAUCUGGCAGCGAACAGCAGCAGCAAUCGGCUACAACUCAGGCCGGCAACUAAGACCACAUCCACAUCUGAGCGGCGCUGUGUUGUCGAAUUGGACAAAUUGUCGUUAAGCUUUUAUCUUUCAUCUGAUUAUUUUUUACGAUGGCGAUACCCAAGGCCACGAACGGGGAGACAAGGCAGAAUGCUGACAUAACAUCAAUGGUACCCGCAGCAGAAAAAUAUGUAAAUGGCAUUCGUAAUAUAAUAUAAAUUAACUAUUGU